CUCUUCCUUCUUUUUCUCUCCUCUCUCUCUCUCUCUCUCUCUCUCCUCCUCUCUUUCUCUCUCCUUGUCGGCCUGCCCUGAUUGUCCUAAGUCCGCACACACUCCUGUCUCCCUCUCUCUCCACGCUAUCUAAUAUCAGAUUGACUGCUUUGGUGAAUGUGAGGGUUUCGACAGGAAGAUGGAUCCGUUGGACGACGAAGAUCUCCAUCAAGUCGGAUCUCACCGGGAAUCCGACGUGGCAUCGAAUGAUUCCGGCGUAUCUUCACUCUUGGGGACAGAAGACAGUAGAAGCACCACUAGCUCCAGCGACAUCUCCGGCGGUAGUGGCAGCUCCGGCGAGAUUCCGACCGCAGUCGUCGCAGAGGCAGUAGUGCCGAGGCUGGUUUGCCCUGCUCCAUGCGAUGACGGCAACAUAGGAGGAGAGGAGUUCUCGGUGACGCUGAUGGCGAGGGAGAGGUGCGUGGGGAGGAAGAACAAAGGAAUAACGUGGGGCUUCACUUCCAUCAUUGGGAGGCGGAGAGAGAUGGAAGAUGCCGUCGCCGUUAUUCCUGGUUUUAUGUCUUGCACAUGCGAUCAUGUUGGCGGUUGUACGGCCUCCGGUUCUAGAACCUCCGGCGAGAUCUCGCCCGUCCAUUUCUUCGGCGUCUACGACGGUCAUGGAGGCUCCCAGGUGGCCAAAUUUUGUGCUGAGCGGAUCCAUGAAGUAGUAGCAGAGGAAUGGGACAAGCUAGGAGGUGGUGGGGAUGAGUGGCGUAAGAGGUGGGAAGCAGCAUUUUAUAGUGGUUUUGAGAGGGCUGACAAUGAGGUGGUGACAGAAGCAAUAGCGCCAGAAAUGGUUGGAUCAACUGCUAUAGCAGUAGCUGUAUCAGGGUGUCAGAUUAUUUCCUCCAACUGCGGUGACUCAAGGGCAGUGCUUUGUCGAGGCACUCAAGCCAUCCCUUUAACUGUUGAUCACAAGCCUGAUAGAGAAGAUGAACUGGUGAGGAUUGAAGGAGGGGGAGGGAGAGUCAUAAACUGGAAUGGUGCUAGGGUAUUUGGAGUACUUGCUAUGUCCCGAGCUAUAGGAGAUCGGUAUUUACGGCCAUGGAUCAUUCCAGUACCUGAAGUUACUUUCAUGACAAGAAGCGAAGAUGAUGAAUGUUUGAUAGUGGCAAGUGAUGGGCUUUGGGAUGUGAUGUCCAAUGAUGAGGUCGGGGAGGUGGCUCGUCAAAUAUUAAGGCGGCGUCGCAGGUGUGCAACAGCUGAUGGAAGUUCAUCACCACCAGCACAAGCUGUUGCUGACCAUCUUACUGACAUAGCUUUCAGGAAAAACAGCUCUGAUAACAUUUCAGUCAUUGUUGUCGAUUUAAAAACAAAGAGGAAGCGCCAGCAGAGACAAUGAGAAGGAUGGGGGAUAAUUCUUCCCAAGUCCCUCUUUGCAACAAUCCAAAUUCUUUCUGGAUUAAGGGUAAGGUCAUCAUAAGAUUAUUGUUGAUGGAUGAUCUAGUGCUUCAAUAGUGAAACCAUGGAGAGAGCACCAUGUGGAUAUCAUAGCAUUGCCGCUUGCGGUUAUUGCUUACUCUGUAUAGCUGAUUGGUGAUGGACUUCAACAUUCUCAUCCGUCCAGUUGUGAUGGGGUACUGGUGCUCUGUUCUAACAGCCAAAAUUUGGUCUGUUACUGCAAUACGCUAAAUCAAUCCUUAGUUUUAUUUGGUUUGAUCCUUGGAGGUGGAUGGGGAUAAAGGUACUGAACCAUUUCUUUUUCCUGAAAAGAAAUCCUUAAUCCCUUUUUUUCAGUUUGUGUUUUGGGUUUUUUUGAAGAUCUCAGUCCUACCUUCAUUCAGUCCUAAAAUAUGAAAAGAAAAAAAAAAUAGAAAAAGGAGAGAGCAUAGAAACAAAAAAAAAAUAGAAAAAGGAGAGAGCAUCAAAGAGCUUUGAGCCAUGAAAACAUACAUUUUUUUUUUCUUGUUUUCUUUCUUGCCAAAAUGACUUGAACAAAAUACUUUUUGAGUCGAAAGCUUUAAAGCCACAAGAAAUGUUAUUUUCUUAUUUUUGACCAUUUUCUGUGUUGGCAUUGAAAUUUAGUCUGGAAAAGAUUCAUUGUGGGCAAAGUUAUGUUCUUUUAACAAUGUUUAGAGAUGUAGACAAAAAUGCAGCUUAUGGUGCAAUGAAGGCUGUGUAUCUGGUAGCAUCCAUUUCUAUGUGCUCUCCACUGGCCUUUGCUGACUCUAUUUGGAUACAAUGGCCUUAUUUUUAUAUGAAAAAUUUUGUCGGAUGGAAGAUACUGACGUGAAGGCUCAAGCUUUUAUUAUUUUUGUUCCAACUUUCUAUGACAGAGUGGUUUCUCUCUUCUUUGGAACAACAUGGAACAUAGAACUUGUCCAAGGAGGACCAACCUGCUUGUCAGUAUUGCAUUGUAGAGAUGUAAUGUUAAUGGGGUUGUGUUGGUCUUUCCUUGUUCAAUAUGUUUCCCCCCUAAUUUGCAGUUGUAUAUGUAUGAAUUAUCAAUCCUUAUUUUAUUUUGGGUAGGGCAGUUAUAUAUCCGUGUGUCAAUACUGCCAUUAAUUGUACAUGUUGUAAAUGCUCUCAAAUGUCUAUUGAAGGUGUUUCUUUUUGAGCGGCU